CACAAGAGUCUACAGGCUCUUCACCGUUAGAACAGCAGGUGGCGCCUGUUUGAUGUUACAGACUGUAUUUUGUCCAACUUGAACUGGGCCUUGCCAACAAAACAGCGUUUUAGGAGACGGCAUCAGAAAUCCACCGGGGCUUCACCUAAGCUUUACAAACGCAAUAACCAAGUGCACUGAUUCCCACUGUAGCUGCAUGAGCGGGUGCCCUUGGGUGUUAGACUGCAGGCGUGGCAGUGGGCUGGUCCAGGGGCACCGAGGAAUGAAAAACAUCAGGGUCUAUUGACUUGGUAUCAGCCGAGGCCCUGUAAUAGUAUGACAAAAGAGCCGUGGUGUCGCAAGCUGAUACUGACAGAUUUUUGUGAUUAACUUCAUCUGCUAAUUCUGAGGACGGCUUUGGGCUGUGGGUGUGCCGCACCCACUCAGAAGACACGGUCCUGAGGAUGUACUGAGCUCUGCACUUCCACCAGCCAGUGCCCUGAGGAAUACACCGUCCUUAAUGUGAGGUUCUUCAUCCCACCCCUGGUUCUAAGACAUCCAUUUCAAAACAGAAAAUGAGCAAGUCCCCCACCCCCAAAGGCACCCCGGUGCAGCGCAGCCCCAGUGAUGAGGUACCAGAGGGCCUGCAGUCUCCGCAGCAUUCCACACCUGGCUCUGGGUCCCAGCACAAGAAGCGCAUCUCCAGCCUCCUUCAGAGUCCGUCAUUCAGGGAGGAGCUGGACGUGCUGAUCCAAGAGCAAAUGAAGAAGGGUGGCAGCUCGUCCAACCUAUGGGCACUGAGACAGCUGGCUGAUUUUAUGGCUUCACAUGGCUCUCCAGCAGCCCUGUCUGUCUCCCCUUCUAACAUGAUGAUGGUGACGCCCAUCAAUGACCUGCAUGGCUGGGACCCUGGCAGCAUGGUGAAGGGGGAGAGGCUGAUGCGCUGCAAACUGUCCAGCGUCCAUCGUCUGUUUGAUCUAUUCGGCUGGGCCCAGAUCAGCCACACCUGUCUCACUCUGCGUGUUAAUAAAGAACAAGAACACUUCUUGGUGCUUCCAGAUGGCCUGGCCUUCAGUGAGGUGACUGGAUCCAGUCUGGUGAAGGUGAAUAUCCUGGGCGAGGUGGUGGAGAAGGGCAGCACCAACCUGGGCGUGGACACAGAGAAGUUCAGCCUGCACUCGGCCAUCUACUCGGCCCGGCCAGAUGUUCGCUGUCUGCUUCACCUCCACACUCCGGCCUCGGCUGCGGUUUCAGCCAUGAAGUGCGGCCUCCUGCCACUCUCCCAUGAGGCUCUGCUGGUUGGUGAUGUGGCUUAUUACGACUACAAUGGAGUCAUGGAGCAGGAGGAGGACAGAGUGGAGCUGCAGAAAAGCUUGGGGCCGACCUGUAAGGUUCUGGUGCUGAGGAAUCAUGGCAUUGUGGCCCUGGGGGAGUCUGUGGAGGAGGCUUUCUACACCAUAUACCACAUCCAGGCUGCCUGCCAAAUCCAGGUGUCAGCGUUGUGCAGCGCUGGCGGUGAACAGAACCUGAUUCUGCUGGACCGCACCAUCCAUAAACCCAACCCAGCCGGCACUGUGGGCUGGGCUGGCUCCACCUUUGGACCCCUGCACAAGAGCCGGAUCGGGGAGCAUGAGUUUGAGGCCCUGAUGAGAACGCUGGAUAACUUGGGCUACCGUACAGGCUACGCCUACCGCUUCCCUGUGCUGCUUGAGCGAUCGCGGACACGGAGGGAGGUGGAGGUUCCAGCAACUGCCACAGCUUUCCACCAGUUUGAUGACGAUGGAGUUCAUCCAGCUAUGAGGCAGCAUCAUUUUGCCCAGCGCCAGCAGCAGGAGAGAACUCGUUGGCUCAACACCCCCAACACCUACCAAAAAGUCAGCCAGGAGCAAGCCAGCCCAGGACACCGCACCACUUGGUUGAAGACAGAAGAGGUCACACAAGCUGGCAGCACAGCCAUCAAGAUAGAGAACCCAAACCAGUUUGUGCCUCUUUUCACCAACCCUCAAGAGGUGAUUGAGACACGAAACAAGAUCCGACAGCAGAAUCGUCAGGACAUGAAGACAGCAGGGCCACAGUCUCAAGUCCUUGCUAGUGUUAUAACAGUCGACAGUCCUCCAUCACCAGUCAGUCCACCCAAAGUCCCACCAGAGCCAGAACCUCCCAACCCCUUCAACCAGCUGACCGACCAGGAGCUGGAGGAGUAUCGCAAGGAGGUGCAGAGGAAACAAGAUGGUGGAACCAAUGGGGAGGAGGUGGCAAGUGACAAGGAGUCUCCCCCCGCUGCCUCCCCCACAAAGGGCCCUCCGCCCAGCCAGCCUCCUCUCUCAGAAGAGGCAAAGACCGACUCUUCAGCCAUACAGAACGGUGACCAGGAGGAGAAGCAGAUGACAGAGGAGCUGGAGAAGGGAAUGAAGGCUCUCUCGACCAAUGACACCUCCUCCGUGCCCGCUGCACCGCCGGCCAAACCACAAGGUGGCACCCCGGAGGGUUCACCUUCCAAGUCCCCAUCCAAGAAGAAAAAGAAGUUCAAGCCUCCGUCGUUCCUGAAAAAGAGCAAGAAGCAGAAGGAGAAAGCAGAGACCUGAUGCGCUCAGACACACCAGACCUCGGUGAAAUACUACUGUGAAACAUUUCUCAGCGUAUGACAGAGUAGCCGAUGAGUUAACUACAUCAGAUCUAUCCAGACCCUGUCAGUUUAAUACUUUACUGUAACACUGGUACUCGCUGAUUUGAUCUAUGUGGUGAUUCAUCUUAGCAACACUGAUAAUUCACAUACUAUUUGACCCAGGUCGGAUAUUUUGACGCACUACUUGUCUCACACACACACACAUCCCUGUAUUACUCACGUCUUAUUUUCACCUGCUGUGCUAUCAAACCGUUACAUAACAUAACUUAACUGUACAGGCAGUCAAACAUGUUCCUUUCUAAAACUGGGAUUACUAGUCUGAUCCUGUGUUUCACACCAUUUUUCACGCACAUCUUUGCAAGUCACGGUGGAAAUUUAAUUUGAAUUAUGAAAUUAUGCACCCUUUAUUAAUAUAUAGGCACUUAGCAUAUGUAUAUUGACAUUCACGUAUGUUGCAUUUGUUCAUCGUCAUAGGGAUCUUCUAGUCAUGAUUUGGUUCUUAUUAUCAGAUAGAUGUUGCAGGUAUGCUAUGUGAGCACAGGUGCAGUACACGUAGAAAUAAACUGAUAGCUUGUGCUCUUCUGAAUGCUGGUUUUGUGUAUAACUAUCAGCCUACUGACAUUAUUACAGCGGGGAUGAAGAAGGGAAAAAGAAAGCGGAAAUAUAUGCGACAGCUAUAAAUGCCACUCUACUAUAAAAAAGGAUAAAGCAUAAAGAACUUGUUGCUUGCCAGUGCAGUUUGAAACCCAGUAAUAGCAGAUACAGAAAGUACUAAACAUUCCACUUUUUUCAUUUUCAUUUAAAAUGUACGUGUGCAAAAUACCUCUUAACAGUUGUAAUUAUUUUCUGUUUUAAGCAGUAGCUGUUAUCAAAAUGCUGAUGUGUGAUGUUUGUUCAUGGUUUUAAUUUAUUUUAUAUUAGAAUGUAUAAGUGAGUGUUGCAAGGUUACCAUGUAUCAGUCAUUAAAGCUCAAGUUUGAUUUAGAACCAAC